GAGGACAGUUAGUUACGUGUACAAUGGUUACGAACAGCAACACGGUGACCGUCCCUCACACGGAACAAGCGAACAGUCACCAUAACAACACUUAUUUUUGACUACCUGUGAACAGAAUUUGAAAAAUAAUUCGUACUUCUUUAGGUGCUGUUUGGUCACAAUCUGAAAUUUUUACACACAGGAGAAACCUUAAUCAGUAGUACGACAGUGGUAUUUUCCACCGAGUAUUCAUAGUUUUGUCACGAGCCCGGGGUCCCCCCACCACCCGGCCGGAAUCAUGAGCGCACUCGACCCGACGUUGACUGCCAAGCGACGAGAGCAGUUGUACGGUGCGUCCCGCGUAGAGGAGGUACGGUCCUUGCGGCGGUCACUGACACAAGAUCACAUCUCCAACCUGACGAGUGACAGGACUAAACUACCACCAUGGGGGAGCACAACCAAAUUUGCUUACAAGGGUACGCAGCCGGACAAAAUCACAGCUCUGUCGUGGGACUCCGGGCUUCAGAACAAGGCACACUUCGACAUGCGAGGGGACGCAGCCCCCAUCGACAACAGCGUUUACCUGAAGUCACUCACCAACAACGACUACGCAAAACAUCCUCCACAAAAGAAAACGGUUCUACGGCAAGACAAUCAAAUAAAUCUGCCGGACAUGAAUCCACGCUUCUUUCGGGAUAAGACAUUUGGCUCAUCAUUCUACAAUUCGGACUAUAGCAAAACAAUCCAGCGCGAGACUACCUUGCCAGAUCUACAGAAAGCGAGAACAGAAAUGCGCAGGCGCAAUGUAAAAGAUAUCCGAACAACACACUUUCAGUUCGGCAACGAUGAUUCAAACUUUCAAACGGAGACCGUGUUUUCCUUCAAGGCCGGCCGGCCGCAGUCUGGCGUUAAGCUCGAGCCGCUGCAACCAGCCCUGCACCGCUCUAAGACAGAGGUUAUCGACCGCGACCCAGCCGCCACGGUCCAGAGAAUGUUGGAAGAGGAGAGAGAAUCCUAUGUCUUCCGGAAAGGAGACUACAACGUCACCGUGCCCAAGCCCAAGCUGUCAACGUUUCAGAGGGACUAUGAUGCGACGCCGAAAGAGCCCAAGUCGGCAGCUUUUGUUGAACCAACGCAGAUCGCUAAAGGACGUUUCCUGCAAGACAAUGAAGUCUUGAAGGCAAGCAUGAAAGAAGAGAUGAUCCUGACCCCUGACUCCAUGGACGAUGUAAUUGAGGCGAAAAAGAUCGCUGAAGACAACAGUGCAAUCUUGAGAAACAUACUCUUGCAGUAUGAUACCAUGAAGUCGGGUUAUGUCUCCAGGGAACUUCUACAGCGGGCUUGUAAUAGCCUGUUACAUCCUAUCCCCCAGCCAAGCAUAGACGAGCUACUAGUGUCAGCUAGAGAAGGGCCUGGUAAAACGAUAGACUAUUUAGACUUCAUCAAGCAGUACAGCCUUAAGUCUCCACUCCAAGCUACUAAAGUCAGCGAGUCCACAGAGAAGGAUGGUGGGAGUGUAUCUUCCAAUCCGAAAGGUCAGCGCGACACACUCAAGAGUGCGGGGGCUACAGGAGGCAGCGGGCCCGUGCUUGAAAAUGCAUCUACCGGCAAAGAAUAUCAAACUGGUGUACAUUUUGAGUUUGGUUCCGAUGCGGAUCAACCUGCGAGUAUAUACAACAAAGAUUAUGACUCGCAAGUAUUGAAGACGGGGAAGAAACCGGAGAAGUAUCAAGGACCUCCGUCGUCAGAGGUGAUGCACGCGACAAAUGGAGCCGAAUUUGGAAAGAGCACGAAACAAAGUGACUUCGUCAACUUUCAAGAAAAGGACAAGGUGCAGUUACGGAGCAUUCUGAAAUCGAGAGACAAGCAGAGUUUGAAGAAUAAAGGCAGACACGACAAAAAUAGUGUCAUCUUGACGUGUGAUAAAGAGAGAGACGCAGCAGACAGGCACAAGUCACUAUCCCACGAAAGUUACGUGAAGUUUCCUGCCUCCCUGAAAGUCACUGUGGCCCCUCCACUUUCCAAGUAUCGAUACCUGGAUGGUGACGGCGCUUUGCCCUACCCGGCCAACAUGCCCGGCCGGUCAGAGACCGGCGAGGCUUUCAGCGGAUGCAACCUGUCGCUGCCCACCGAGACAGAGGAGAAACUGCGGGAUUUCCGGGCCGAGAACGCCGAGCGGGUCCGGGACAGCCGACGAGUGCACUUUAAGUUCGGCACAGACGAGGUGGAGCCGAGCACGGAGGCAAGGGAUAACUUUACCGAGGGGCCAAGCACAAAGGCAGAGAGAGCGCAGGUAGCAGGAACGAAGAACCAGACUGAUCCCGGGUACCCGCAUCUGAUGAUCAGCAAAAACACGCAAGAUCUGAGCAGAGAUCCAAUGGCGAAUGGGAUCUUUGAUAGCAUCCGCCUGGCCAAGAAAUCCUACUAUAACACGGCACCGAAUCCGUCCGAUCCGCUCCACAUCAACCUCAGACGGAUCAUCAUGGAGAUGGACCCCGAUCACACCGGACACGUGACCAAGAAAGUUCUCAAGGAGGCGUGUGGAAAAUUCCAGAUCAACGUGAGCGCCAAAGCACUGGAUAGGCUGAUUCAGAGAUGUGACAAACACAACGACGAUAAAGUAGACUAUCACCAGUUUAUAAGGUCCCUUACACUUGAGCAGCUUCCUGAUUUUGUGUCAUCUUCCCAUGAUGCAUCACUCAUGAGACAUGACUACCGACCUCUCAAACAGCGCAGUUUUACCAAUGCACAGCUACUGACGAUGAAACACAUGGAUAUGAAACCACUGAAACCAGCCCCGACUCAUUUCUUUCAUGCCGACGGUUCGGGAGAGAACCAGUUCCAAUCAGUAACUAACCAAGACUACAUCAAACCAGAACUUAUGAUGGCUGCCUCUAUUUAAAUAAUUGCCUUCGAUCUCUGGAACCAACGAAGCAAGAUACCUCAAGUGUUGGUUUGCAUGCGUGCGUUUGACUGUUAUUUAAAUCUGCAACGACUUUGUCUGAUGGCUUAUCAGAGCUCCAAAGGUUACAUAUGCUCUAGAAGUUUCCUUCUAAAACGUACUACCAUGUAUAAGAUACAAUGGCGAGAAAAAAUAUGAUGACAAAAAUUCAAAGGUUAAGAAUAAUGGUAAUAUUAAUAUGAACAAAACAUGCUUGUAGAAAUGAAAAUCAAAGUAACAGGGAAUAAUCUUCAGCCUUUUGCUGGCAUUGAAUUUUUCGCCUAGCGUUACAUGUUCAUCUCUUUACAUGGCAUUCAAUAUGGCUGCCAAUUUUCUAUGGCUUCAUUAGUACCAAAGAGGGUGAUACAUACGUGAUAAAUAUUAAGUUUGGUCUCCGAGGAUGCAGUGCCUGAUACCUGUGAAAUCUGUUUUGAAGUCAUUUUGUAAGUCUUGCCGUAGAAAUGGGAUUUAAAUGUAUUAAGUGUUUUACUAUUAAAGUUAUAUAAUGUCCGACGUAUUUGAAAUGCACCAUAACUGGGCAAGAUUCAUGACAAUUUCAUUUAUUAUCAUUGCUAUUCCUUUUCCUGCUUCCUAAGAAGAUUUAACUUGAACUUGUAAUAUGUACAGUAUUUGUUUCAUUUGGAAAGCCAUUUCUCGUACAUUUUAAUCACAGGGCGGCAUAUAUACAAAGUUAUAUACUACGACAGUAAGCAUUGAACAGAAUGCACAAUGUAAUCUGUUCAUGUUAUGUGCUAUGAAAAUAAUGCUGUGCUUUUCAUAGUGUUUUUAUUCCAACUGCUUAUAAGACCAACAACUUUUUAAAACCUUUGCCCAUUCAGCUUGUGUAUAUUCAUUUUACAUUUCAUUUAUUUUUCACGUGUUUGGGUUGCCAUUUAUUUCAGGCCAGAGGUGUAAUUUUGUAUCAUAUUUUUAAAAAGUUAUUAACUUUCAACUUAUGAUGUACAUGUAUGUAUGCACACGGUUUGCAAAUAAAAAGGAAAUAAAUGCUUUGCACGAAAUUCAUAUUACAAUGUAA